AUGUCUGUCAUGAUGAGAUCACUGUUGUUUGCCUGUUUCUUGUGUGCAGUGCUUGGUCUCCCUACACUCCGUAAUAAACGUCAUGAAGAAGGUGCUGUCUUUAAGAAGUACAAUCCUCAAGCUCCACAGGAAGGGAGAUGGUGCAAUGAAACCAUCACAAUCAACACAACACAACGAACAUGGAAUGAGAUUACACGCCAGAUUGACGUGGUGACUGUACAAGUGACUCAAGUUACCCCCAACUGCUGUGAAGGCUUCAUUGGUGAUGACUGUGAGAUACAGCAUGUCUCUACGAAGGAGCAGUCUUGUGGAGGCAUGACAUGUCCUGAUCAUCCGGAUGCAUCUUGUGUCAUUGUUAGACACUGUGGCAAAAGUUUAGAGUUGUUUCUCGAUCAAAACGGUCUAAUCAUUAAGGAUUGUGUUCCUGAGAACAUUUGUUUGGGAGCUUGUGUUGCAUUGCAACCACUGCAGGUGGCACUGGAUAUAAAGAAAGCUGAGCUACAAACAUUAUCAGAAAAAUUGGCCAAAGCAGAAGCCGUUAAAUCCCGUUCCCCGCUGGUAACUGCAGGAAGUCUAGUCCGCUCCUCACUGAGCUCUGAGGAGCCAAUAUGGGUGAAGGGGUUGCAUUACCCUGCUCAGUAUGUGGUUAGGCACACAAGAAGCAUGUCACAACACACAACACACAAAGAAAUUGUCGAAUUUGACCUUCCAGAGCCGCUAACAAGAAAUGUGGAAACAUUGAAAGCUACCAAAACAUGUGAGGGAAAAACUACUACAUUGAAACUGGCCAGUGCUGUCAAGAUGAUAGGAGGUGGAGAGUUCGUAGCUCUACUGCAUUGUGGAGACAUGUUGGCUGUGGUACUCAGGUCCUCUUUCAUACUGUGUAGUCAGGCAGACAGACUCCAGAUUGAAUGGCAGCAACAAUGUCACCAGGAUGGUGUGUUGUGUGGUGCACUGAGUGUGGGUGGUGGGUGGACACUACUAACACUAGCAGCAGAGUCAGUGAGGGCAUACCUCUACUCUGAUAGUGUAACCCACACUCUGGACCACAAUCUUAUUAGUGGAUACAGCCUGUCUGCACACUCUUUUAGUUGUGUGUGCUGUUGGUAUGUCUCUACAACCUUUAGAGUGGCUGCCCUCACACAAUCCUCUAACCUGCUCACCUGGACUCUCCAGUUAUCAGACAAGCAAUGGACAAUGGAGCUAUUGUCUCAGACUGAGCUGAGUGGUGGUACUACACACUCAUUGGUACAUGUGCAGGGCUCCCAGUUACUAGCCCUUCUCACUGACACUACACUCUACCUAAUGCAAGGAGAGCAUAUUAAGGAGAAGCAUUCACUGACUUGCUCAGCUGUUGGGUCUCCAAGUGAUGUGAGGAUUGUGUGGGCUUGUAUGGAGGAGGGCCAAGUGUUGUGUGUCUUGUGUGGUGAGGGGCUCUGGUCAGUGGUACUGCUAGGCCAGGCACUAAGAGAGCUCUUCACUCAACAUAUGGAUGGGGUUAGGUCAAUACAUGUCAGAGGCCACCAGCUAAUGAUUGCCCAAACUGACUGCAGUGUAAGCGUCUUUAGACUGGAUAGAGAACUAUUCAGAGCCACUGUCCCAGAUAUAGGGCGCUGUGUGUGUGAGUGGACUGAUAAUGGACACCUUCUGGCACUCACCACUUCACGAUUAUUGUGUGACUUCAUAGAACCAUAAAACCAAGAUAUAUGUGUGGGUGUGUGUUGUGUUGUGCUCAUCCAAUCACUUUUAU